AUGUCUCGUGAGCAAGACUACCAAUUUCCAGACCUUCUCACAACAUUUCCGUCCGCAUUCGUAGCGCACGUCCAACUCAAUAGACCCAAGCAAUACAAUUCCUUCAGCCCAGACGUCUUCCAUAGUUUAGCAUUAGUAUUCGAUAAGCUCAGUAUCGACGAGAAUGUCCGAGUGAUCUUGAUAUCUGGCGUUGGUCCGCAUUUCUCGGCAGGACUGGAUGUCAAAACAGCAUCAUCUGGCGGCCCAGUAUCGCAAUCAUCAAAGACGAGUGACAUCGCUCGCCGGACAUGGAAAGUCCGAAGACAUAUGUAUGAUUAUCAGAAUGGCAUGAAUGCGAUCGAGCGAUGCGAAAAGCCGGUCAUAUUUCUCGCCCACGGAGUGACCUUUGGCGCCGCCAUCGAUCUCGCUGUCGCCGCUGAUAUUCGAUACUGCGCCCAAGGCGUGCGAUUCUCAAUCAAAGAAGUCGACGUCGGGUUAGCAGCAGAUGUCGGCACUCUUUCAAGACUGCCGAAAAUCGGGGUUUCGUAUUCCUGGGCGAAAGAGGUCGUCUACACGGCUCGAGAGUUCGGCGCUGAAGAGGCUGAAAAGGUCGGGUUGGUGUCGCGGGUUGUCGAGAGCAAAGAACAGCUUUUGGAGAAGGGUCUGGAGCUUGCUCACUUCAUUGCGACGAAGAGUCCUGUUGCUGUUCAGAGCUCCAAGGCUUUGUUGGACUUUAGUCGGGAUAGACCGGUUGAGGAUGGGCUUAAAUAUACUGCGGCUUGGAAUGCUGCUAUGGUGCAGUCGGAGGAUGUGAAGAAAGCGAUGAUGAGUGGGAUCAGGAAGACUAAGCCGACGUUCGAGAAACUUUGA